AUGUCGGACCACCCAGUCAAGAAGAGCGAUUCGGAGUGGCAGGCGAUUCUGAGUCCCGAGCAGUUUAGGGUGCUGCGAGAGAAGGGCACUGAGCGGCCGGGAUCGUCCAAGUUGGACCACACGUUCAACGAGGGAGUCUACACGUGCGCCGGAUGUGACGCACCACUAUACACCUCCAAGACCAAGUUUAACUCCGGGUGCGGCUGGCCUGCAUUCUACGAUACCGUCCCAGGCGCUGUCGUCCGUCACGAGGACCGGUCCAUGUUCAUGACCCGGACCGAGAUUGUCUGUGCCAACUGUGGCGGACACCUCGGACACGUCUUCAAGGGGGAGAAGUUUGGGAACCCGAUCGACGAGAGGCACUGCGUGAACGGUAUCUCGUUGAACUUCAAGGAGGAUGAGAAGAAGUAG